AUGUACCUCGUUGACCGGAAGGAUCUCCUUCCAGUCAACGGUUAUGAAUGGAAUAAAUACAAUCAGACCCAUUAUAAUACUGAUAACCCUCCUCAAAAGGUCGUCCAAGGCUAUAAAUUCAACAUAUUCUACCCGGAUCUGAUCGACAAAAGCCGAGCGCCGACCUACAAGAUUAUCAAGAACAAGGAGAACGAGGAUGUGGCGACACUGUUAUUCAAAGCGGGCCCGCCAUACAAAGACAUUGCCUUCACGAUCGUCAACAAGGAUUGGGAGCACAGUCACAAGCGCGGCUUCCGGAGCUCAUUUGAUCGCGGCGUCCUUCAACUGCAUUUCACGCUCAAACGGAUUCACUAUCAAAAAUAG